AUGGCAGUGUAUUACUUAGACAAAGACGCGGCAGAAUGGUGGGAGAGUAGGGAUCACCAAGUAGGACAUAUGGUCACCACUUGGGCGGCAUUCAAACAAGAAUUUGAACGCAAGUACUUCACUCCUGAAUCUAAGCGAAGGCUUCAACAGUUAGAGAAUAGACUAGCAGUCGGUAACUACGAGAGUCUCACCGAGCUAGUGGAAAAGGCUGUGAAUGUGGAGAUUGGAUUGGAAGCUGAAAAGGCUGCAACUAAGAAAUCCAAGCAGCAUCAAGAAGGAAAGUAUGGUGGAAACCAAAGAUCUUUUAAGGGUAAAGAUAAGGAAAAGGAAUCGGGAGGGCCAAGUCGACGAUCUCUGUUCACAGGGAAAUGCUUUAAUUGUGGCAAGAUAGGCCAUAAGUCAAGUGAAUGCUACGGGAAGAAACCUGGAUCCUUUCAGUCUAACUCCUACAAUCCUACAUGUUUCACGUGUGGAAAGAAAAGGCACAUCUCUACGCAGUGCAGCGUCAACCGUCCUAUCCCAGCUACGCUAAUCACUGUCCAUCCUCCUCCAGCUCCACCUGCAAUCGCACCAGCGCCAAAAAGGAAAGCUAUAGGAGGUAGAGUUUACGCUUUAGAACUAGAGGAUACUAAACUUCCAGGUCCAUCUAAGGGUCCCAUCACAGGAAGUUUACAUGUUGCGGGACAUCCCACACAUGUAUUGUUCGACUCGGGGGCAACACAUAGCUUUGUGGCCCCUGAGGUAGCUGCCGAAUUUGUGGGUUCAUUUGUGAUUGACAGGAUGGAUGUGGCUGUGAUGACUCUCGGAAACCAAACCCUCCAAGCAAAAGAAUGCCUCAGAAGAGUUCUGUUAGUCAUUAGCGAGAAGAUGUUCUUGGCAGAUUUGUUGGUGGUGCCCUUAAAAGGAUAUGAAGUUAUCUUGGGCAUGGAUUGGUUAUCAGGCUAUCGGGCACAAUUAGAUUGUGGAAAAGGUCGUAUUUCGUUCAAAGAGAACGGGCAACGGCAAAUAGUGUUCUACGGGAUCAGUCCAAGCGAGUCUGUGUCUUUAGUAGCUGCCUUGAGAGUGGAAGAUUUGCUUAAGGAUGGAGAAGCGUAUCUGGUAACAGUAACUGCUAGUAAAGGACCCGCUAGAAUUGGAGUUAAAAUUACGGAUAUUACGGUAGUACAAUAG